UAAAUUUUUUACAAAUGACAGCUCAAUUUUAGGUAUUUUCUUGCUUAUAAAUGUUUUUUUAUUAGAAGAAUUACCAAAAAGAGGAGAAAAAUGUACUUUUUUCUCCUGCGAGCAAAAACCUGAAGUUGUUCUGAUCUAUUAUCUAAUCGUAUUGAGGCUAUAAGACAACGCUAAGUAAGGGGCGGCUGACCUGUCAGUGUCAUCAUUAUGGAGAAGGAACUCAUCGGUCUUUGUGAAAAGGAGGAUGAGGCAAAGAUAACACAAGUCCUUUCAUCUGUUCCUUUCAUGGAGCUUGAGAAACUGAUAGAUGGGAGAAUAUCAAAAGGACGUGGUGACCCCACUCCUCUGAUAAAAGCAAUCCUCUUUGGGUCCAAGGCUGACAGUGUGAAGGGACUAGAAAGAAGGAUUCAGGUGUUCAAGUACUGCAUCAAGAUUCUACAGAACAAUGACAUACACACCAAGGUAGUAGCUAACUUGGUUGGCUAUCUGUUAUUGGAGGUUGACAGUCUGCCACCAAGAUGCCUUGCAGACUUGGCCAGUGUGUAUGUGGAGGCUAUCAAGACCUACUGCUCAAACAAUGGGAAAUAUCUUGAGCUUUUCCCCAAGAUCCUGUCCUCUCUUGAACUGGUUGAAGUAGUCCCAUACCAAGGUAGUGAGCUGAAGGGAAGUGAAUACAAAGGCCAUGUCUUGAACAGUUUAUGUUCAACUCGGUGGGACAACAAGUCAGUGAUUCACCUUGCUGCCAUUUUCCGUGAUAUCUCGCUCAGCCCAGGAGAACUGAAGUUUGUGCUCGAGAAGAUCAUCCGCAUGUUCCCCGAUUUAGAUUUUGAAGAGUUGCCUCCACUCGUGUUCCAGCUCUUGCUCUUAUCAACAAAGGGUCACAGGCAGCUUGUGUUAGAUGGCAUCAUCUCAUUCUUUAACACUGAAGAGGAGAAGAACAAAGGCAAGGAAGUGAAUGUUGAGAGUAUGGAUCUCUGGGAGACUGACAACAGCAUGGAACAGAUCCGUCAGACUGAGGGCACCAUCAUCCUCCACAUUACAUUCGCCGCAAAACAAGAUCAGGAGAUAACAAAGGAAUUUCUGAAAAGUCUCAAGGCUAGUCAGCAAAGCUGUGUCAACAAAAUUCUUUCCCCAUUCAGUCUGGCACUGAUUUUGUCGCUAGGAAGAUUUGAUGAGCAGUUGUUUGAAUUCUUAAAGACCACUGUCUUGAAAUGUUACAAGGAAAGGGAGAAAUACAAUGAUUCGUGGUGGGUUCGUGAGAUGUACCCAGAUAAGAUGGACGUGGCAAAAACCGUGCUUGAGACAGUCAAAAACAGCACAUUUGGCUGGGAUCAUGUCACACAAGGUCUCGUCCAGCUGGGCUUUCUCCUGAUGGAUGCGUUUGGUCCGAAGUUGGCCUUCGGGAAAACUGUUGAGAAACCACCACCAGAUGCACUGACACCUGUCAAUCAUGCCUGCGACCUGGGUGCAAAGGUCCUUCAAGAAACAUUCAAGCUUCAUGAAAUGGUGCGGCCAGAGAUCUUGGAGCAGAUUCUCAACCGUGUUGUCAUUCCGUCGACACCCGUUCGACAUUAUCUUGAGCUGCUCUCUGCGAUGGUGCUACAAGCUCCGUUGAUCUUUUUGGAGUCUCUGCCAAGGAUUCGUGAGACCCUUAAUAAUCUUGCAUUCCUGCCCGUCGCUACUGCUGAGGGUCUGUUACAUGCCCUCCAGCCCCUCAUGAAGAUCAGUAUGGGACUAAAAGACUCACUCAUUAUUCUCUUGAGGAAGUCUCUCUUCUCCAGGCAAUUAGAAUCUCGUAAAAUUGCUGUCACCGGGUACCUGCUUCUCCUGAAGCAUUUCAAGGUUCUUGGAGGUCUGCCCUGCAGUCAAGUGACCAGCCAGUCAUUGUCUUCCAGUCAGAUAGAAGUCCAUGGUGCGUACAACGCGGCCACCAAUGAAGGUUUCUGCCUGGAGAUCCUGACCAACCUCAGGCGGUGCCUCUCACAACAAGCUGAUAUACGUCUCAUGUUAUACGAGGGGCUCUAUGAGGUGUUGUACAGGAAUUCCCAGCUCAGCCUGCCCAUCCUGGAUAUGUUACAUGCACAGCUGAUGAAGUUCUAUGAGAAAGGUGAGGACGUCCAACCACCGCUGAAGCUCGAUCCAUGCAUAGUGGCCCAAGGAGAUCAAAUCUACAUUGCCGAACCAUUGGGCAUGCUUGUGAAUGGUAUCCAACUGUGUCUGCGCCGGUCCCAGGAGAGCCUAGAGGAGGAAGAUCUGGGGUCCUACCAAGAAGUCCUCGAGUCACUUACCCGCAGAAUGAUCAAGUCCGAGAUGGAAGACUUUGAGCUCGAUAAAUCAGCUGAUUUCAGCCGUGGAACAGGUGUGGGAUUAAAGAAUAACAUCUUUGCAAUUCUUGUACUAGGGAUUUAUGAGGCCCUGAUGGAAUAUAAUCUGAUGACUGGAAAAAUGAGUUCUGGUGCGUACGAGGACGUGAUUGGCCUGUUCAAAAACUACAAGAAGCUGUGUGAUGUUUUACGGGAGAAAGCUGGCGAUGCUGCAGGGAAAAAGGGGCGAUCGUCGGCCAGUUCCAAGGUGCCGCAGAGUUUGCUCUCUCUGAGAAGUGUCACUGACACCCUGGGAGAGGUUUUUAACGAUUUCUCUGAAACAAUUCAUCCAAGUAAUUCCAAGCUGCUGCGUGAGAAUACAGAGUUUGUGAAGUAUCUGCUGACGGUCGCCAACCAGAAGCUCCAACAGCUCAGCAGUCAAGGUCACUGCCAAGGAGCGGAAGGACACGACAAGGAGAAAAUAUUCAAGUAUACGUCACAGUUAGCCAAGGUCUUCCUCAACCAGUAUUCCACGAUUUGUUCUGGAGGUGAAGAAAACAAACAAAAGAAGAAGUUGGGGUCAGUGUUUCUGGAAGGUUUGACUCUCGCUUUCAAGACCGCCUGUAGUUACUACAUACAGAGGAUAGAGGAGUUCUUAAAGUCACUCGGUCUCCAUGCUGGUGACGGGGAUACAGAAGACUUGUCCGAUGAUCUCUUCCAUAAAUACAUCAAAUUGUUCCAGAGAUUGGUGAUCACAACCGUGACUGGUGAUGAUGAUGACAAGAACACAAAGGAAGGCCUAAGCCUGCUGGGCAUCAUCAGCAUGCUCAGCAAACAUCUCCAAGCCACUGGAACACAGUAUGCUCAAAUACAUAACUGGCUUGGUAAGAUCUGUAUGGAACAUCAGAUAGACGAUGUCAACAUCUGUAAAUUGCUGAUCAGCCAGCUCCUGACCAUGACCACACAGAUGAGGAGCGCCAUGAGUUUGGUAAGAGACAUCUCUCUCGACAUACACUGUCAACUUGGCGAUGUCGACCAGAAUGUCGAAGUGGAAGACGACAGCAAGUUUGCCAUCAUCACACAUCGAACUUCGGCGCCGACCGUGUUACUCCUGGUGUUGUCGCAGAUCGAACGAGACCUCGAGGACACUGAUUGGGCGAUUAGCAAGAUGAGGGGGAAGCUUAUGAUCAACAGUACACCAGCAGCCGAUGAGGUCCCAACACAGAGAGAAGGACAAGAGAAAAGUGUCUGUACGAGGCUUGGUACUUUAAUCACAGCUUUCCAUGAACUGGUCCAGUGUGCCAUGCCAACUGGCAACUGCUCAGAGUCCAUGCUGAAGUCCCUCACGCACUUCUACACUGUCUCUACAAAUCUAUGUAAAUAUUACCAGUUCAUGUAUUCAAAGAGUCUUGGCCAUUUCUCUGCAAGAUUUGAGAAGUUAGUCAAGCUGUCUGGCACCCACUUGACACAGUGUGCCUAUGCCUUUGUCACUUACAUCCAGGCUUCGGCACAAGAGCUCUACCAGCAACAGAUGGAGAAGAAAGGGAAGAAGGGGGAGAAGAGGAAGAAUGCAGAUGUUGGACAAGCUGGGAAGUCGCGUCUCAUCAAAGAGGCCCGCUCCAUCCCCAACCUUGUCUUCUCCAUAGAACAGUAUGAGAAGUUCUUGAUCCAGCUCUCAAAGAAAUCAAAGAUCAACUUGAUGGAACACAUGAAGCAUAGCACAUCACGUGACUUCAGAAUCAACACGAACACCCUUCAGGAGGCAUUGCAGGACCAGGCUACUUCAGAGAGUGAGGAGGAACAGGAGGACGAUGUGUCUGGUGACGAGAAUAACAACCCUCAACCAGAGACAUCACCCCCUCCUGCCAAAAAGAAAAGACUUGGUGGUCCCAAGAGAGCCGCAAUAACUGAGAAAUAGAGGAUGACCCUAAGCUCUCAAACUGUAC